AUGGAUGACGAGAGAUAUAAGGCACUAAGGUUCCUAUUCAAGGUGGAUUACAUCGAACCAGAAUACGAAAGGCUGGAGUAUGAUGGUGAUGGGUUGUGGUCGCCUCCACACGAGUGCAUUUACAACACACAAUAUUCCACCGGAUGGUUGCAACGAACUCCGGAGCGGGUGAUUCCUGCAAAAAAUGUUGGAGAGGGUGAUUUCGCUGUGUGCAGCCUUCUCUAUAGAUCAUCAACAUCAUACUUCCUCACGGUCCCAGUGGACUGUCGAAUCAACGAACGUAUGCAAGACCAUAUUGAGCGGACAGAACAAUCCUGGAGGAGGCUGCGUUUCAAGAACGAUGAGAGGCAGGAUCUAUCAAUAGCUACCUUCUCGGCUACCAGCUACACGCUUGCUGGGCGAGGGUCUCGCGACUGGGUACCGGAGCUUCUACCGGACUCGUACAACGAUAGUUAUUGCAGUCAAGUCCCCUUUACCCAUCUUACAGGCGAUCUUGCUCUGAUCGUGGGCCUUAUUGCUUUCUCCUGCCCGAGGGAACGAGACAUAUAUUGCCUCUCUGAUGUGAUGCAACGAUGCUUCAGGCCACCUCGCUGGGUCCCUCACCGAUCAAUCCCUCAAAGAAUCGACAGACAUGGCGUGGUUGUAACUAUCAGACCCGAUCCAGAAUAUGGAGAUCUGCGUGAGGCAAAGAGAGAAUUACGGAACUUCCAAGACGGUAGCUACGGCGCCCUUUUCAGAUCCCCUCUCUGA